CUUUAUCUAUCGUCGGAAAUAUCGCACGUUUCCCCAUCUCGACAACAAAUCAUCCGAAAGCCGUGGACGACAUCGUGGAAACCGACUCGAAUCAACUAUCCGAUCAAAGACAUUCCCUCCAAACAGACAAUGAUGGAAUCGGAGGAAAUGCAAGAGUUUAUCACGGUGGAGAACAGCCCAGGUCCUGCAAAAGUCCACACAGUUCAACCGGAACUCCAGUUUAACGCCGAAACCCGUGCAAUCGCGUUGAACUGGACCCCACCAGCCGAUUCCCUACCAAUUCCGAUUCUUCGGCAAGCAUUCGAUUUGCUUGAGCAGCGUGAGCAGCGAGAUGAAGGCGAUUGUUCAGUUCCAGGUGUUUAAAUUUUAUCUUACCAAUUUUUGUUGUUAAUUUUUUAUAGAUAAACAAUAAAAAUGCUGAAAAAUUU